GCUGCGCGGCUUAUCCGUGCACGUCGUGAAACCCUUUUCUUUGAUCCUGUUGACCGUGAUUGUGCCGCCUUUUCACGCCCUCGCCCACUUGUUUUUUUCUUCCCCAGCAACCACAAAAUCUGCAGCUCCCGAUUUCCCGCCCGACACAGCCAUCUUCCAACCCCACACAUUUCCCCCUAGCCUGCCGCCAGCCGCCAGCGCCCGUCCCGCCGGAAAUCUCCACCACCAGCGUACAGAUUUUUUCCCUUUUUUUCCAGGCUGCUUUGCUCUUGCCUGCCGCCCAACUGCCCCAUAGCCCCGCUUCCCUUCCGCCGGUAGGAAACCCCGUUUUUUACAGCACCCCGUCCGCCAGUCCCCCCUCCUGGAUCCCCGCCGGCACUGGUCUUUUUUUAUUUUUCCCGCUCACUGCCACAAAAGCAGAACGCCCCACGGUUUUCCGGCCUCACCACCCACAGGUCACGUGCACCCCCUGUUGACCCCCCAGGAUGCCCAAGCGCUCACAGCCCACACUGCCCCGCCAUGCCUACGCCACCAAAGCCAGCGACACGUGGAUGGCACUCGGGUCGUGCGCCGCGUCCAUGGCCAUCCACGCCUUGGCCCUCAAGGCUUACGAGGCUGCGCUUUCCCACACACCCGGGCGGCUCCCGGCGUUGCUCGGGUGGUCGCACCUGCUACGCAUGAACGACGUGGCGUGCAACGAGACCGUCGGAUGCCAAGCCGCGUUGCUGCGGCUCACGCAGGCUGCAGACCGGUUCCCGGAACUUCCCAAGUCCGCGGACUUCUUCAAAGAGCUUGCUGAGUGCUACCUCCUCGUGAACUUGAACGACCCGGCGCUGCAGGCCAUCCAGCAAGCCAUCCAGCUACAGCCGCACGACGCGUCGCUCUUUCUUCUUCUGGCGCAGGCGCUCAUUCGCAUGGGCUUGCGUGCCCAGGCCGCGCUGCUGUUGCUGCACUGCCUCAAGCUCUUGCCCAAAUCCUUGUCGCUCUUUUCGGCGUCCGAUGUCGAGACAGCACGCACCGCGCACGCGGAGCUCGCGGCCAUAGCAGCGGCGGACGGCAACAUCGAGGCGCUGAUCAACGAGUUGACCGCCACGUUGAUGUUGCCGCCGCCGCUGUUGGCCCGCGUCAACGAGCACAUUGCGCUCUGGUGUGCUUUGGCCACGGCUUUGGAGCGCGCCAACAAGAUCCCCGAAGCCUUGGACGCAUGCGAGCGCGCCGAGCUCGCGGUGGGCCUGCUGCCACGCAUCCUCAUCACCCACGCAUACUUGCUCUUGCUCGACGAGCUGCGGCCGCGCGCCGAGCGGGCCAUGGCGCUCUUGACCCGGGUCGUGAAGACCGAGCCCCAGGCUGCCGCGCGGCCCAAGGACGCCGACCCACAGGACCCGGCCGCUGCAGAGGACUCGCUGGGCGACUUCUUGCCGUGGUGCCUCUUGGGCAAAGCCUACACUUUGCUCGACUCGCCACGCGCCGCGUACGAUGCUUACCAGAUCGCAUUGCGCCGCGCGGACGGCCUGCCCAUCACCUGGUUGGCCGUGGGCAAGUUGUACUUGGAGUUGAAACAGCUCCCGGACGCGUUGGCAGCGUACUCGCAGGCAUUGCGGCUCCAGUUGAAUGAGAAUUCGCCGGGCACCGCCGCGGCCUGGGACGGCUUGAGCUGUGUCUACGAGCGUUGUGACGACCAGCUCGGCGACGCCGCGGACGCAUGCCUGCGUGCCGCCUUGUGCUUCCAGGCCUAUGGCGACGCUAAAAGCGCCGAGUUCUACGAGAACAGGGCCAAGAACCUUCGCCUUGCCGCUCUGGGCAAGGCGCCCGUGCCCGACUGGAGCGAGCCCGUGGGCGUACCCAACUACUUCCUCCGCGACCUUGUCAACUUGUUGCCCACUGAGCGCAUUGCCUUCGUCAAGAGCAUACACAAGACCGACGCGACUGAUGGCGGCCCGCCCAAGCCGCAGCCCGGCUCGCCCAACACGGCCGAGCGCAAGCCCGACCCGCCAACACCACGCCUGGCGGUCGAGCCGCCUCUCCCGGCCCACCCCAUGGUUCGCGUCAUGCCUCCAUAUCCCGCCCAUUACGGACCUCCGCCUUCCACGAUGAUGUCGCCCCCUUUGGCCGCCCAAGGUCCAGUGAACGAUGCUCGCCGUUCCCCAGUCGCGCUCCCACAGAUGCCAGCAGAGGGAUAUCCUGUCGCAAUGCCGCCAGGAUACGCCUACGGACAGUACAUGCCCAUGCAUGCGGGCAUGGUGGCACAAGCGCCACCCUACGGACCCACACACUGGCGCCGUUAG